AUGGAUGCUGCUGCAGCCCACGACCGCAGUAGCCAUGGUGGUAACGGCGGCGAUGGUGGCAACAGCUGGUUCGACGCGCCUGGGCAACGGCCCGCUGGCAUGCGUCGGGCCCACAUUGCAGCUUUUCAAAGUAGCAACCCACCAGGUUGGCCUUCUGGGGGACGCGGAGCGUUGUUUGUCGGGGAGCGACAGCGUGAAACUGGCGAACGUCGCCAUGGUGACCACGUCAAUAGCUCGCUGCGUGACGAAGUUAUGGCCUCGCAGAUGCACCGGGGUCGUAGGUCACUCUCAGACUUCUUGAGGGAGGUCGAAGAGAUGGUUCGGAGGCAAAGGGCAGAGGCCAGAGAUCCGGACCAGGUCCCUUCGAGGCCGCAGACGGCACCGCAGCCAUCCACGGGCGUUCAUUUGCAUCCCGUGGCGGCGACAGCAAGAGGAAUGGCCGCAAUUCCCCCUCAAGGCUACCCCACGAGCGGCAGGUACGACGGCAGGAACGCCACCAGCGGCCCUCAAAUUGGCGGGACCGCUCGUUACGUGCCUCCAGGGAGGCGACAAUUGAGUCGCACCGCCGCUGAUGCCCACUCGCCCUACCAACCUCCCGUCGGUGCCACCGCAGCCGCAAGGUUAGCAACAAGCCCGUUCCACCACCCUACAGUGUAUGACCUUCCUGGGGGGAAUACUGCGCCGCCCAGUGGAAUCGCCGGCCGGACUCGGACCUUGCCCAACCCUACCUACAUGCCGCAAGGUGGACGGCCGCCGGUACCCUUUCCGUUGUCCUCGUCUAGCAGGCUGAGCGCAGCAGCCACAGCGUUUUCCAUGUCUCCGGGAGGGUACAGUGCCCCCGAUCAGAACCAACACGAAGCGUCGGCCGCAGCGGAAGGUGGCAUCUCCGGUUUGGCCGGAACGGAAGAAGAGCUAGCAAGACAGGAGAGGUGGUCCCAGGAGUGGACCAUGGCCGUCCAGCAGCAUGCGCCGCACGGAUUGUCGGUCGGAGACGGUGCCGGAGCCCACGCACAACAGCAGCACGGAAACUCCCCCGCCGCUGUCGCUGGUCAACACCAACCCGGCGGAGUCGUCCGUAUCGGCAACCCGGACGGGUCGUCGGGGCUCAGCCCGCAACAAAGUUUCACCCAGGCCCAGCGGGAGAUUUAUCAUGGCGGGCCCCUUCAGCAGGGUCGUCACGGCCCUUUUCUGCAGAUGGUGCCGCUGUCUCGCAUGACAGUGCUCCCACCGGAGGCAGGAACGGCAGACGGCGGAGGAACAGCGCCCCCGGCGGUGGAUGGAAGCUACGACGACCGGGUGGGGGAGGCUGUCGAACAAGACCAAGACUCUGCCCAGGGCCACCUGGCGGUGUUGCCGGCGUUCAGGCAUUGGGAGUCCCACAGGGCUAGACUGCGGAUCCAGGAGCCUGCCAAUUCCCCGGAGCUCGUCCCGAUGGAGAGCCCGGGGUCGGAUGGGACGUUGGUCGUGACGGAACACCUACUGUCCAAUGGGUCGUCACCCCGGGGGGUUGAUAGGAACGGCGCUCGGCAGGAGAACGCCGACUUCCGCAGCGGCGGCGGCGGCGGCGGCGGCGGCGGCGAUGACGUCAGCAAGGUGGAAGAAGCAUUGUUUUCUUGCCUCAUGAGCCUGGACAUACGCCGGCUGUUGAUGGAACGGGGGAAGGGAGUCAUCCCCUGGGCCGGGAACCACCGAAGAACAGAACUGUGGACGACCCCACACCUACAUAGCCUGGCGUGGCUAGAGAGAUGCCGCGAUAUCCAGUCCAAGCCACCCCCUCACACCCCAACCCACACUCUCGUGAUGGGCUCCGCCAACCCUGCGUGGCUCGAGGAGUGGCUCGACCGGGGCGCCAACCCUUCCCAGCUGAACUGCAGCAGCUUCGGCCCCAACGGGUCCUACGGCCGCCCCCCACGGGUGGGCGACGUCUGGGACCUGCUGGAGUUCCUGCUGGGAUGGUGGGCAGAGCGGGUUUGCGUCGUGGCGGCGGGGUUCCCGGCGUGGUCGGGACGGGCGGAGGAGGAGGAGGGGAGAAGAGGUGCGGCAGCAACGGGGGCGGGGGAGGCGACCAGGCAAGAGCAAUGGCAGAGGCAAGGCGGGGGAGGAGGGAAUAGAAUGGGGAGCUUGGCGGGCGAUGCAGUGGGGACCGCCCAGGCCGUGGCAGCGGUCCAGGGUCUUCGCAAGCUGGGGGAGUGCCUCAUGCCGCUGAGUCGCAUCCGCGCGUUCAUCGGCGUUGACGGAGGGCCGACUCCCCGAGAUGCCGUGCUGCUCAAGUCCCUCCUUGUCGUCCACGAGGGGAUCGCCUGGGCCGUGGACCGGCCCCACUACAGGAAUUACCGGGAAGAGAUUAUCCCCACCGCCCUGGAGCUGUACGCCUCUCUGGCGCAAGACGUGCUCGAGGGCGUGGACCUGGAGGUGGGGCACACGCUGCCCGAGAGCAUCUUCGUCGUGACCGGCACCGCUCGCCCUUCUUGGCCUCGCUGGGGAGGAAGCCCCUCGGCAGCGACGGCGACACCGCGGUUGAUCGAAGGAGGAGCGGGCAGGGGAUCUAACGACGUCAGCGACCCGAAUAUCAGACGCAGCAACGGGAGCGGGGGCACGGGCUUCGGCCGGUCGCCCAGAGAAGCGAGCGAUAGGGGGUGCGUUAUGAUGAGGGCCAGGGAGUUCCUGCCGGGACCGUGGGUUGUGUUCCACGUGGCUCGGGCUGACUACCUGGAGUUCUACCGGGACCAGGCCGCGGUACUCGAUCAGGCGGUCGGCGGUUCAGCCUCAGAGAUGGAGAACAUGCUGAUGUGAUUUUUUCACGCGGUGGAUUCUUCCGUUGUUCAGUCCCACCCAACGGGAUAAGUGAAGUGUACGGGUGUGUGUUCUCCCGAAAAAAUAUAGGGUCGGGCUUGCUGUGGUAGGUGAUCUCCUGCGGUUCAUGGCGCUUGGGGCGUCUUCAUGUGGCAUCGCGAGUCCGGUGUGUGAUCAGGCUCUAGACACUCACAACUUAAGGAAGUACUUGUUGUUAUGUCGAUGUUACU